AAACGUCCCAGCAGGUGGAGACUGUCCCCCCUGGGAGGGCCCCAUGUCACCUGGACGGGGCGGGCUCAGUGGCAGCGGUGGGGCCGGUCAGGACAGUCUGGGCACAUUCCUGGGUGCUGGCACUGCCAACAACUUGGGGUCCUGCAGCCUGUGAUCACAGCGCAACAAGGGGACAUCGAAGGAGUCUCUAAGGACUUGAGGACACCGAGAUCCCCAAGCCAGGGUGGCAACAGUUCUGUGGACGCCACGUCUUUCCUUCCAGAUGGACCUCCUGGAGCAGGACAAGGUCCCACCAUUCCUCCAGCUCCGGUACUGGCUGCGCUCCUGGAUGUGGCAGGUGAGCAGCUCCAAGCAGGUAAGUGCCAGCAUCAACAGCUGCACCCCGCACUACCCAUCCUACCACCUAUAGGGCAAACCUGCUUUUACUCAGUGCCCAUGGUUGCUCUGGACUCAAGCUGUCCACCUGAGUUGGCUGGAGAUGACCUCCCAGAUCUCUUCCCUGGUCCAUGGAGAUCCAAAUCUCUGCAGGACAGGGACAAACCUGUGGGGUGGCACCUGGCUGGAGGUGACAUGUGGUGGUGUCCCCAGGCAGUGGCAGGAGCGGCAAGCACAGCGGCAUUCUUCCUCUGUGAGGGGCUGCUGGGUUGGCACUUUGACGUGGUGCCCAACGGGGCGGCUGAGCCCCAGCCUGGGGACCUCUUCCUCUUCCCACUGACCUCGAGGAGACCUGGCUGGUGGGGUGCCCAUGCUGGUGUCUAUUGCGGUGAUGGGGAGAUCAUCCACCUGGAAGGCACCUCAGGAACAUCCCCAACAGGGAUUGUGGCCAAGCAUAGUAAGAGCCACCUCCUGAGGACACGAGGCCCCGCCAAGGUGCUGCGGAUGAAGGCGGGACUGGAUGCGGCUGCCCUGCAGUGGCGGAUUCGGGCAGCCAUGGACAUGGUGCUGGAGUAUGAUGCUGUCACCUGUAACUGCAUCCACUUCGCCCUUGCCCUGUUGGGGCUGGGCCAGCUCACUGGGGAUAUGACGUUUCCAGUGCUGCAGUGAAGGAGGUGGUGAUGUGAUCUGGGGAGCACGUAGGUCUGGAGCACCCUUCCUGGGCUACCUGUGGGAUGAAGGAUACAAGAUAAAGGAUUUGGGAAUAAGAAUGUGAGGCUGUCACCAACAAAAUGGAUGAGGGUCAUUGUGGUUUUGAAGUUCUCUUGGGUUAAAUUAAGGUGAAAUGACACCAAACAAUUGGCUGAAUGUUUGUGUGGUCGUUUUUUUUUUUUUUCCUAUCCCACUAAGCUAUUUAGCACAAGAUGCGGAGUAUAUAUCUAUAUCUUAUUGGCAAUAAGGGUUACAUACAGGGUAAAUAUAUUCUCUAAUAUCAGAGAUGUUUUUAUCUCCCACGUGUAUCCCAUAUCCAGUUGGAAAAUCCAUGUACACUAUAUAAAGCAUUUAGCAGAAUUAUUAAAAUUUAG